CUCUAAAAUGUAAAAUGUAAAAACUCCCUCCCCCUUCAGCCUUGAGUUUCAGGUCUCCCUUGUUUCGUCCUCCAUAUAAAUCGCCUUGCCCGCCCUCUCUGUCAAAUCUCUCUUUUCUCAAGCCUAGCGACAUGUCGUCCUCGGGCGGCCACUCCGGCAGUGUUGGCGGUCCGAUCGCCCCUCAGCUUUACUUUUGCCACCAGUGCGACCGUACGGUUUCCCUCACCCCCUCACCUACCUCCGAUCUCGUUUGCCCUCUUUGCAGCGGCGGCUUCCUCGAAGAGAUGGAAACCCCUAACCCUAACCCUUUCCCCCCCAAUCCUUUCUUUUCUUUCCCCUCCUCCGACGCUCCUCCCUUCGCCUCCAGCGGAUUUCCCCUCCUCUUCUCCUCCUCCGCCUCCGGCUCCGCUCCCGGCCCUGCCAAUAUAGCCGACGAUCUCUCCGCCCUCUUCGGUGGCGCACCCCAACGCUCCUCACCCUUUCACGACCCCGACGCCUUCAACCCCUUCGUCUUCCUCCAGAAUUACUUGCAAACCCUAAGGGCAAAUGGUGCCAAUGUCCAGUUCGUGAUCGAUAGCACCCCCGGCGGCGGCGGGGACCCAUCAGGCUUUCGUGCUCCCACCAAUCUUAAUCUCGGCGAUUACUUCUUCGGCCCGGGCCUCGAGCAAUUGAUCCAACAAUUAGCCGAGAACGAUCCAAACAGGUACGGCACGCCACCCGCCUCAAAAUCGGCGAUCGAUGCCUUGCUGGUUGUGAAAAUCUCAGAGGAUUUGUUGGCUUCGGAUUCAUCGCAGUGCGCUGUGUGUAAGGACUCAUUCGAGCUCGGUGAGGAGGCCAAACAGAUGCCCUGUAAGCACAUAUACCACUCGGAUUGUAUUCUGCCUUGGCUGGAAUUGCACAACACAUGUCCUGUCUGUCGCCACGAGCUGCCCACUGAUGAUCCUGAAUACGAGCAGAGGAUUCGUGUGGACUCUGGAAAUGGCAAUCAAACUGGUCAAUCUGGGGCUCGUGGUGGAGCCAAUAUUUCUAUGGGCGGCGGUGGGAGUAGUAGUGGGUUUGGGUUUGGAAUUGGCGCGCCAUCUCCAGACAAUCAGAGUCCGAGUCCUCGAACUGUGGAGCGGAGGUUUACCAUCUCCCUGCCGCGCUUUUUCAGGCCAUUGGGUGGUACGGCCGAGACUAGCAAUACCGGGAGUGGAAACAAUGAGGAGUCGAACUCAGGGAAUAGGGGAGGGCCUAACUCUGGACCAGAGGAGCCUAGGCAAGAAGAUCUUGAUUGAGCACAAUUGGUACAGUUAGCAGAUAUGCAACCAAUUGUUGAACAAAGAGAGAGGAGGGCUUACACAUUAACAGUUAGUGACAGUUGUUUUUCUCUAAAUAUUGUCCCGAUAAUCAUAGGUAUUUGUCCAUCGUUAUAUAGUUCGUUGUUGAGAAUUCUUUUGUAGAUUCAUCAUCAAAUUUAUGAGAAUUUUAUGUGCAUGAUCUGUGUUGUCGAUUGCGGUGUAAAUUUUUUUGAUUUGGGUACCAUGGUAAUGUUGGGGAUAUGUCUGCAAUGAAGCCUUGCCUUUCUUUCUUCA